CAUGGUUUUUUGUUUGAAGCUGUAACUAGUUUGGAAGCUUAUGGUGCAUGGUUCAUCCUUUCGCGAGCGUGCAUGGUUAGGUUGGCACAGCUAGAUGAUUGGGUCAUCUGUAAGAUCUAUAUAACAUCGAAAGCUGGCAAGAUUUAUGUGACAUAGGAAGAUUUACUUGAAAUACAAUCAGUAAACAACGCUCCAUCGGAGCCAGAAGCAAAAAGGAGAAGAAUGGAAGAUUCACAAACUAUUGAUUCACUUUACGUGCACCCAGCCAGGAUAUUGCCGGUCAUUGUCAAAUUCUUCAGCUGCCAGACAAUAUUCUAUCACUGCUCGUCAAUGUGUCGGGCAUGCCCAUUGAUUGUUGCUCCUGUACAUAAUAUGCUGGUGAGGAGCCAAAUAUUCCAAAGACAUUGCUGAUGACUUCUUCCAAAUACAUCAGCUCACUGAUGACACCUUGCCGCAGUCUGACCCAACCGUUCCGGUGCAUGUGGAGACGAUGGAAGAAGGUCCAACCAAGUGUCAAGGCUAGCUAACCUUGACUUGAUGCUGAGGAUUCCAUCAUUACCUUCUCUCCAAAAAUUAUGCAAGUUGGUGGUGAGGAGACGGAGGAGACUGAGGAGAUGGGCGCAUCACUUGAGAGAAAAAUUAUGCAAGCCGGUGGUGAGGAUACGGAGGAGACUGAGGAGAUGGCCGCAUUACUUGAGAGAGAAAUUAUGCCUGAUGGUGAGGAGACAGAGGAGAUUGAGGAGAUGGUUGCAUUACUUGAGAGAGAAAUUAUGCAAACUGGUGGUGAGGAGACUGAGAAGAUAGCCGUAUUACUUGAGAGAGAAGUUAUGCAAGCUGGUGGUGAGGAUACGGAGGAGAUCGAGGAGAUAGCCGCAUUAGUUGGAAGAGAAAUUAUGCCUGAUGGUGAGGAGACAUAGGAGACUGAGGAGAUGGCUGCAUUACUUGAGAGAAAAAUUAUGCAAACUGGUGGUGAGGAGACCGAGGAGAUGACCGCCUUACUUGAGAGAGAAAUUAUGCAAGCUGGUGGUGUGGAGACGGAGAAAACUGAAGAGAUGGUCGCAUUACUUGAGAGAGAAAUUAUGCAAGUUGGUGGUGAGGAGACUGAAGAGAUGACCGCAUUACUUGAGAGAAAUUAUGCAAGCUGGUGGUGAAGAGAUGGAGGAGACCGAGGAGAUGACCGCAUUACUUGGACGAGAAUUACGCCUGGUGGUGAGGAGACGAAGGAGAUUGAGGAGAUGGCUGCAUUACGUGAGAGAGAAAUUAUGCAAGCUGGUGGUGAGGAGACGGAGGAGAUUGAGGAGAUGGCCGCAUUACUUAGGAGAGAAAUUAUGCAAGUUGGUGGUGAGGAGACAGAGAAGACUGAGGAGAUGGCCGCAUUACUUGAGAGAAAAAUUAUGCAAGCUGGUGGUGAGGAGACUGAGGAGACGGCCACAUUACUAGGAGGAGAAAUUAUGCAAGCUGGUGGUGAGGAGGCAGAGGAGACUGAGGAGAUGGUUGCAUUACUUGAGAGAGAAAUUAUGCAAGCUGGUGGUGAGAAGACUGAGGAGAGGGCCGCAUUACUUGGAGAAGAAAUUAUGCAAGCUGGUGGUGAGAAGGCCGAGGAGAUUGAGGAGAUGGCCGAAUUACUUGGGUCACUUCGUGAUGACAUCUCUAUGCCGUCGAUUGAUGACAUAUUCCGAUAGUCGGUUGAUGACAACUUUAAUGAAUAGCUUGUUUAUGUAUCUUGUAGUUCUUAGUUAUCCUAAAUUUGCUUCAUGUUACAUUCCUCGAUAGUUCUGUACGCUACAAAACCGAAAUAUCUCACUGCAAUGAUAUACUAAAUCUGCCAAUUGCUUGCUAUAUGAAACUCAUACCCUUGUCUUUACAUACUUCAUGCUUGGAUAUGCUACAUUUUUUUUUGUUACUUUGAGAAACAAGAAUUUCUCGGAGAAAUAUUUGAAGUGAAAUAUAUGUCAUGUGUAUAUAUA